UCAAGAACUUGAAAAAGAAAAAACUAACAUGUCUCAAGAAACAGAGAAAAACAAGAAUGAUGAAAACAAAAUAACAGAUGAAGGAACACGUGAUAUUAUGCAAAAUAAUACUAACGUGACUAAAACAACAGAUACACGUAUCAAAUCAACAAAUGAAUCUCUUUUAGAAACAUCUGCAAGCACCUCGAAAGAGCAACAAGACACUUUCAGAACUAAUAAAAAUAAUAACACUCAUGGUAGUGUAUUAAAAAGAACAGAGGAUACGAUUCUAAACACUAAAAAUUCAAAUAUAAGAGAAAAUUUGGAAACUCAAAAUGUAGACCUAACAAGCAAUUCUACUUCUAACAAAGAAACAGCACAAGAGGUAACUUCUCCUAUGGUUAUUAUCGAUAACAAUAACUAUGAACUGCAGAAACCUGACCGUUCAGAAGGAGAAUACAUAACUGCUACAAACAAAAGGAAAAAAGAUAAAAAGAAA